GCCCCAGGACAGAGGACAAAACGGGAAACACAGUGCUGGUGAGAAAGAAAAGAAAACGGAGAAGCCUGAUUCAGAAGAGAAGGGGACAGUCACCCAACUUCCAGUUGAAACUGUUUUCUGCCCAACUCUAUAAAGAUACGCUGGAACCCGCUGCUUCACGUGGUUGCUCUCACGCACACCCCACUGUGGCAGACUGCACCUUCACACUGUGAACCCAGAUGACCCUUCAGUUGCUUCUUGUCAGAAAGGAGACCGCCUGGCCAUGACCUCGGGGAUCAGCAUGCCAGAGCCAGUGUGCCUCAUUGAGAACGCUGAAAAGCAGCUAGUGGUCAAUGGGGAAGCCCUGGAGAUCCUGUCUGCCAUCAAGCAGCCUGUGGUGGUGGCGGCUAUUGUGGGUCCGUACCGCACGGGCAAAUCCUACCUCAUGAACGAGCUGGCUGGGAAGAGAAAGGGCUUCUCUCUGGGCUCCACGGUGCAAUCUCACACCAAGGGAAUCUGGAUGUGGUGUGUGCCUCAUCCCCAAAAGCCAGACCACACCCUAAUUCUGCUGGACACUGAGGGUCUGGAAGAUGUGGAGAAGGGUGACAGCCAGAAUGACUCAUGGAUCUUUGCCCUGGCCGUGCUUCUGAGCAGCACGUUCAUCUACAACAGCGUGGGAACCAUCAACCAGCAGGCCAUGGACCAGCUGCACUACGUGACGGAGCUGACAAAUCUCAUCAAAGCGAAGUCGUCCCCUGAGCAGAGCGAAAUAGACAACUCGGCUAACUUUGUGGGUUUCUUCCCAACCUUUGUGUGGACGCUGAGAGACUUCUGCCUGCAACUGGAAGCGAACGGACAGCCCAUCACUGCCGAUGAGUACCUGGAGAUUGCCCUGACUCUGAAGAAAGGGACUGACAAGAAAACUAAAAGCUACAAUGAGCCUAGGCUAUGCAUCCGCAAGUUUUUCCCAGAGAGGAAGUGCUUCAUCUUUGAUCGGCCUGCUUCUAAGCAGCACCUUACAAAACUGGAAGAGUUAGGGGAGGAAUACCUGGAUCCCGAAUUUCUAGAACAAGUUGCCAAAUUCACCGCGUACAUCCUCAGCCAUUCCAGUACCAAGAUGCUCCCUGGUGGCAUCACCGUCAAUGGGCCUCGUCUACACGGCCUCGUGAUAGCCUACGUCAAUGCCAUCCGCAGCGGGGAACUGCCCUGCGUGGAGAACGCAGUCCUGGCCUUGGCUCAGAUAGAGAACUCAGCUGCAGUGGAAAAGGCCAUUGCCCACUAUGACCAGCAGAUGAACCAGCAGCUGAAGCUGCCCACGGAGACCUUCCAGGAGCUGCUGGACCUGCACAGGACCAUUGAGAGCAAGGCCAUUGAAGUCUUCAUGAAAAAUUCCUUCAAGGAUGAAGACCAAAAGUUCCAGAGGAAAUUAGGGGAAAAGCUGGAAGCAAAGCAAAAUGCCCUCCUUAAGCAGAACGUGGACGUGUCAUCAGAUCGCUGCUCAGCUCUGCUGCAGGACAUCUUCAGCUCUCUGGAGGAGGACGUGAAGCAGGGGAAAUUUUCUAAGCCGGGAGGUUACCUCCUCUUCCUUCAGAAGAUUCAAGAGCUGAAGACCAAAUACUACCAGGCUCCUGGAAAGGGGAUUCAGGCAGAAGAGAUGCUGAAAAGAUACUUGGAUUCCAAGGAAGAUGUGGCUGAGACACUUCUAAGCACGGAUCAGUCACUCACAGAAAAGGAAAAACAAAUUGAAGUGGAGCGCGCAAAGGCCGAAGCUGCCGAAGCUUCAAACAGACUGCUGGAAGAGAUGCACGAGAAGAACCAGCAGCUGAUGGAACAGAAGGAAAAGAGCUACCACGAUCAUAUCAAACAGCUGACUGAGAAGAUGCAGGAGGAAAGAGAGCAGAUGCAGGUGGAGCAGGACAAAAUGAUCACUCUGAAGCUCCAGCAGCAAGAAAAACUUCUCAGGGAAGGGUUCCAGGAGGAAAGCAAGAAACUACAGAGAGAGAUCCAGAUCCUGAAGAUGAUCCCUCAUCCUGCAAAGUGUACCAUCCUCUAAGAUACUAAGGAUCAACUCUCUCUACCUGGCUCCAGCUCCCCUGCCUCAAGGAAUAUGCUAAGUGAAAAACUUCACAGUGAGGAGCACCUGCCCCUAGACUAAAUGUAAAAUCAUGAUGCUUGCUUUUCUUAUUGGGCCAUAAAAUUUUUCAAAGUGAAGUUUAAGUAUUAAAAAUGGUGUUUUAACAAUCACAAAAAGAUAAA